UUUAUAUAGGGGAGACCUGUCGUCCACUAAAACAAAUAUCGAAGGGUGCGUAUUAUUGAGGCUUUAGGGUUGUGUUUCUCUCUUUCAGCGGAGCUUUCCCUUUGCCUUCCGAUUCCGAUCACAAACCCUAGCUACAACCAUGUCUUCCAAGCAAGGUGGAAAAGCUAAGCCUUUGAAGCAACCCAAGAAGGACCAGAAAGAUUACGACGAGACUGACUUGGCCAACAUUCAGAAGAAGAAGGAAGAGGAAAAGGCUCUGAGGGAACUCAAAGCCAAGGCACAACAGAAGGGAGCUUUUGGAGGUUCUGGACUCAAGAAAAGUGGAAAGAAAUAAGAGGGGGUCUUGUACCUUGAUUCGAAUGGGAAAUAGUAUUCUGCAUUCGUGAGCUGAUGUAUUAAUAGAAUCGUUGUCAGUAAUCACGAUGACGUCCUUCGAAUUUACUUAUCAUUUAUGUGAUGGUCUAUGUCUUUAAUGAAUUUGCUGCUUAACUUUGUGCUAGUGACAAAUGUGUAACAUCAAAUAAAUGGUUUGCCUUUUUCACUGCA